CGAGUCGAUGUUUUCAGGAAAGAUAUUUUCAUGUCACAGGCGCGCGAGAUUAGGUUAGUUUUCACAGACUGUUAUUGCCCGCCUUGACACUUCUGUCAGUGAAUCACGAAAAUGGGUCUUUUCGGUAAAUCGCCAGAGAAAAAUCCUAAAGAACAGGUACAAGAAUGGACGCACAAAUUGCGGAAAGAGGGAUAUCAGUUGGAUAGGCAGGUUAGAGCUAUCCAACGUGAAGAGGACAAGGUCAAACGCUCGUUGAAAGAAGCAGCAAAAAAGGGUGACAAGGAUGUCUGUAAAAUACUCGCCAAAGAAAUAAUAAGAGCGAGGAAAGCCAGAGGCAAACUCUAUACGUCAAAGGCUCAUUUGAAUUCGGUUUCGUUGCAAAUGAAGAAUCAACUUGCUACGAUAAGGGUAGCUGGUUCCUUGUCUAAAUCUACAGAGGUCAUGCAAGCCAUGCAAUCACUCAUCAGAGUACCCGAGGUUGCUGCCACCAUGAGAGAUUUGUCCAAGGAAAUGAUGAAAGCAGGAAUCAUUGAAGAAAUGCUUGACGAAACUAUGGAUUCGAUUGAGGAUUCAGAAGAAAUUGAGGAUGAGGCUGAUGAGGAGGUUGACAAGGUUUUGUGGGAACUAACGGCAGGCCAAUUGGGCACAGCACCCGCUGUAGUAACGGAAACUCCUGGUGCUGUAGCGUCAACCUCCAACAAAGAAGAAUUCGAAGAAGCGGAUGAUACAGAGCUCGAAGAAAUGAAAAGCAGGUUACAGAGUCUACGAAGUUAAAUUCAACAACGACAAAGCAUUGAUUCACCAAAAUAUGCGGUAGAUGUGAUCGUGUAAAACUAGAGCAUUGUCUUUGUAAUAUUUUUUCCAAAUUCACAAGAAAAUAAUUUAUACUUUUAGUCCAGUGUCGAAUGGAGUGGCAGCUUAUGAACACUUAAUUUUAUCAUUGUCUACAUCUACACUGAUGGAAGUCAAAAAAAACGCGCUAAUAUAAGGAACCUUUAAAUUUUAAUUAGAAAAUAGAACUCGUAAUACGAAACGAAUAGAUGGAAAAGUGAUGACAGUAUUGCUCCAGCUAAUUCCAAUGAUGCGAAUUUCGAAAUUAAUCAAAUUCAGUAAUGUCGAUCCAGGAGAGCAAGUGCAUAUUUCCUGUUAAUGAAGCUCCAUGGAAGAAAAAUCAUUUUGCUAUAAUUCUAGCUUGUAAAUUUUUUCGUCAUUCGUUUCUUUUUUAAUUUAAUGUAGAUAAUACACUUUCAUUACACAUGAAAGAGGAUGAGGAUAAAUUCAUAACAGCUCUCGAUUAGUUUUCCGUGAAUUUGAAAAAUGAUUGGAAUUUACACCUUUGAGGGCAAACAGAAAAUUCUCUUUUUGAAGAAAUGUUUUUUUUUUUUUCGUUAACACAAAAUCCUUCGAAAGUAGAUUUCUGAAGAAAAACGAUGAUUUGUGUAUAAAUAACAAUAAUACGGUAACACCAGAUUUUUCAUUUUUUCAAGUAUUAGAAAAGUAAGAAAAGAUUUACCAGGAUGGCAAAGAAAAAAUGCAUAUAUUUGUUAUACGAAAAAAUUUUUCCGUGCUCAUGGCAAAUUGUUUUUUCUAAACCAAAAGUUAAAACCAUAGCAUUUUCAUGCGAGUGUUUAUACGUAUAUAAUCGACUCUCGAAACUUUUUUAAAAAUAGUAUCGGCUUUCCGAGUUUACUAAAUGUAACAAUGUAUAUAAAACCGUGUUAAAUCGCUUUAUAAAGUAUAUAACUAAUGUUACUAGAUUGUGAAGGA